AUGGUGAGUCCACUCUUUUCAAAAUACCUCGAACAGGGAUUGACUAGUAAAGCAGACAGCGGGAGGCUGACUCUAGCAGCUGUAGCACUACAGGACCAUAUCACACGAAGUGUUCCUGUACGAAACAUUCCCCACAACCUUCCUACAUCGGGCAGCUCAUGUGUGGCUCCACACGGUUUUAAGAGGCACAAAAAACAAAGCACAAGGCAGAAAGUAAGAGUUGCUGAGGGAACACAUGGGCAGGAAGAAGAAGAGUAUGUGCUGGAUCAAGCUCCCGUACAUCUGACUCUCGCUCAGAAGAUGGGUCUGGUGCCGGCUCCCUCAAGAAGACUUACAACAGAGGAGUGGACAGAGGUUAAAGCCAGGUCUAUCCAGGAGGGAGACUCAGUUCAACCAUGCGUGAUAUGUAGGGAAGAGUUUCGUCUACAACCACAGGUUCUGCUUUCCUGUUCACAUGUUUUUCACAAAGUGUGUCUGAAGUCUUUUGAAAAGUUUUCAGGCAGGAAGAGCUGCCCUAUGUGCAGGAAGGAGCAGUAUGAGACAAGAGUGAUUUAUGAUGGUGCUCAGCUUUAUCGAGAAAAGUGUGCUCGCAGGAUACAAGCUUUAUGGCGAGGCUAUGUCGCUCGCAAAUGGUACAGAAACAUAAGAAAACACGUGCCUCCAAAAAACCCACUGUUAAGACAGAGAUUCUUUGAGAAAAAGUUUCAGGAGAUGAACGACAGCCUGGUGCAGUCGUGCAGCACAGACAUCGAAGAAUUUCUGAAUGAGAUCGAUCGCUCCGUGGCCGUGAGCCACGAUAUCCUGCGCCGCUUCAACAGCAACUACGCGUGUGAAAUGGAGGACAAGGACUGGCUGGAAGCUCAAGCGAAGGCUAUUCAGCGAGGUGUUCAGGAUUGCCCCAUUUGCCUAAACCAUCUGAACUCCAAGGAAGGCAGGAAGGUCUUACUAUUGUCUUGCUCUCAUGUUUUCCAUGAACCCUGCCUGCAAGCUUUUGAGUGUUUCUGCCAGGAAGCGAAACCCACAUGUCCACUCUGCCGGUCCCGCUAUGCCAAAAUGCUUGUUUCGAAUUAAAGCUAAUAUUUUGAUAUAGACACACUGUUCUGGUGAUUUGAGGUGUAUUCCAGAAAGCGGUGUUAACUUACCAUCAGCAAAACCCUGAACUUUCGGUUGAUUAACCUAAAACCUGUUACACUGAUCAUGUCGGUUCUAGGGGCACAUGAUAAGAGUUAGUUCAAUCAACAUCCUACUGGUAAAGCCCGAGAUACGCUGCACGAUUUUUCCGUAGCACCUUACUGCAGACAUCCAGUGGGCGGAGUUGGAUUCAGAUCCAGGGGCGUAGCAUUUCGGGCACUACGAGUAAUCUUACCACAUGCAGUUUAAUACCUAUGAAUGUAUACAGUAUAAAUAUGCAUAAUUAUUAACAUA